UCUGUGACUGCAAGACUGCAACUAGAAAUUCUGUAUUGAGAAGGAGAUAAGAGUUAUAAAACAAAACGGUUUUUUAAGUCUAAGAAGAAGGUCCCUCAGCUUCUCCCAUGGCUGCUGCAACUGAAACUCCAAGGAAAGGCUGGUGAGCCACGUAAACAAGAAGCAAUGCCUGACAUGCUUUCCCCCUUGCUUUUCUCUCUUUGGCAGACACUCUAAAAAGAGAACCCGGACACUAUCAUUAUUUAUUACUAUAAUUGUUAUUAUUAUUUUCUCCGACCAACCUACACCCUCCUCACUCUUUGUCCUGAAUUAGUACUAUUACUCACUCUCUCUCUCUUUUAUUUAAUGCUUCUUCCACCACCUUUGUUUUUUUCACAAUUCACCUCUUUUCCCUCUUUCUUCCAAAAACACUUGCAGUUAUCAGUUUUGUUUCUGUGAGUACCUUUCUCUUCUCCUACAAUUCUCUAUCGACAGCUAAAAGAGAAAAGGUGGGAUUAAAACUUUGUUCUCUUUGUCCCAAUGCAUUCUUUUUCUCUGCUGUUGUCUUUCAUUUCUUCUUCCUCUCUCUAAAUUUGCACAUUCCUUUCUAUCCAUUUAAAUCUUUUCCAUGGAGAACUAGCAUUUGGUUCCUUUGGGAAGAGGCUUUAUUGGAGAAGCAUGCUUUUCAAACUAUUCCUCGUUCUUGUCCUAGCUCCUACUUCUUUUUUUGCUUUGGAUACUGUUUUCAACGAUGACGUUUUAGGAUUGAUAGUGUUCAAAGCUGGCAUUCACGAUCCCAUGGGUAAACUAGUUACAUGGAAUGAAGAUGAUGAAACUCCCUGCAAUUGGUUUGGUGUCAAAUGCAAUCCUAAAACCAAUAGGGUCUCUGAGCUUGUCCUUGAUGGAUUCUCUUUGUCCGGUCACAUCGAUCGUGGACUCCUUAGGUUGCAAUUCCUUCAAAUACUCUCACUUGCCAACAACAACUUUACCGGCACAAUCAACUCUGUUCUUUCUCACCUUGCAAAUUUGCAAGUUAUUGAUUUCAGUGACAACAGUUUAUCUGGACCCAUUCCUGAACAACUUUUUCUGCAAUGUGGGUCGAUAAGAGUUCUUUCAUUUGCUAGAAACAACCUCAUAGGAAAUAUCCCUCAAUCCUUAACCUCUUGCUUCUCUUUGGAGCUUCUCAACUUCUCCUCCAACCACCUCUCUGGGAAAUUGCCUUCUGGGUUAUGGUAUUUGAGGGGGCUUCAGUCUCUGGAUUUCUCUGACAACUUGCUUGAGGGGCAGAUUCCUCCUGGAAUUCAAAAUUUGUACGAUUUGAAAUUUGUUAGCUUACACAAGAAUCGAUUUUCUGGAAAGCUUCCUGAGGAUAUUGGUGGCUGCUUACUUCUAAAAUCAAUCGAUUUUAGUGAGAAUAUCCUUUCUGGGGGUCUUCCAGAGUCGAUGCAGAUGCUCAGUUCUUGCACUUAUCUGAAUUUACGAGGAAAUUCUCUCACGGGUGAAGUCCCUCGUUGGAUUGGGGAACUUAAAAAUCUUGACACUUUAGAUCUUUCUGCUAAUAACUUUUCUGGUCAGCUGCCAAGCUCAAUUGGCAACCUCCAAUUACUGAAGAAGUUUAAUGUAUCCACAAACUAUUUAACUGGAAAUUUGCCAGAAUCUAUGGCAAAUUGUAAUAAUCUCUUGAGUAUUGAUGCUAGCCAUAAUCAUUUGACUGGCAAUCUCCCUACAUGGAUCUUUAGGGCAGCUAUUCCUAGUGUUCCAUUUUCUUCGUACAGACUAGGAGAAACCUUUUCAUCUCCAGCCUCUUUCCAGGGUCUUCAAGUUUUGGAUUUAUCUUCAAAUGUUUUCUCUGGUCACAUUCCAUCUAAUGUUGGAGAACUAAGUAACAUGCAGUUGCUGAACAUAUCCAGAAACCAUCUCAUGGGUUCUAUUCCACGGAGCAUUGGUGAACUAAAAUCGGCAUAUGCUCUUGACUUCAGUGACAAUCAAUUAAAUGGAAGUAUUCCUGCUGAAAUUGGAGGAGCGAUCUCGCUCAAGGAGUUAAGGCUGGAGAAGAACUCUCUCACUGGGGAAAUCCCAGCCAAGAUUGAAAAAUGCUCGUUGUUAACAUCAUUGAUUCUUUCUCACAACAACCUCACAGGCUCAAUUCCUGCUGCCGUUGCAAAUCUAUCCAACCUUGAAGAUGUAGACUUGUCUUUCAACAAACUGUCCGGAAGCCUGCCCAAGGAGCUGACUAAUCUUUCCCACCUCCUCUCCUUUAAGAUCUCCCACAAUCACCUUGAGGGAGAACUGCCAGUUGGGGGUUUCUUCAACACUAUAUCUCCCUUGUCUAUAUCACAUAACCCAUCUCUUUGUGGUGCUGUUGUCAAUAGGUCCUGCCCCUCCGUCCAUCCAAAACCGAUUGUCCUAAACCCAAAUUCUUCUGAUACUAAUGGAAAUUCCCCCUCCCAUAAGCAUCAUCAUGAGAUCAUACUCAGCAUAUCUUCUAUUAUUGCCAUCGGUGCAGCUUCUUUUAUCCUUCUCGGUGUAGUAGCUGUCACUAUCCUCAAUAUCCGAGCAAGGUCCUCACAGUCACGGUCUGCUCUUGUAUUAUCUGCCGGGGAGGACUUUAGCUGCUCCCCAAAAACUAACCCAGAUUAUGGAAAGCUCGUCAUGUUUUCAGGAGAUGCAGAGUUUGUAGUUGGCGCCCAAGCAUUGCUGAACAAGGACUUCGAACUCGGUCGAGGUGGAUUUGGGGUUGUUUACAAAACGGUGCUUCGAGAUGGGUGUUUAGUUGCAAUCAAGAAAUUGACUGUCACGAGCUUGAUCAAGUCGCGAGAAGACUUUGAGAGUGAAGUGAAGAAGCUGGGACAGAUAAGGCAUCACAAUCUUGUGGCACUUGAAGGGUAUUACUGGACGACCUCCUUGCAGCUCCUCAUUUAUGAAUAUGUCCCCAAUGGAAGCUUGUAUAAACAUCUACAUGAUGGAACUGGCGACAAUUGUUUGUCUUGGCGGCAGAGGUUCAAGAUUGUUCUUGGGAUGGCCAAAGGAUUGGCUUAUUUGCACCACAAUAGUAUCAUUCAUUACAACUUAAAGUCAACCAAUGUUUUGAUAGACAGUUAUGGGAAACCAAAAGUGGGGGACUAUGGCUUGGCAAGGUUGUUGCCAAUGUUGGACCGCUGCAUCUUAAGCAGUAAAAUCCAAAGCGCUUUAGGAUACAUGGCUCCAGAGUUUGCCUGCAAAACAGUGACUAUAACUGAAAAGUGUGAUGUGUAUGGUUUUGGCAUCUUGGUUUUGGAAGUGGUGACAGGGAAAAGACCUGUCGAGUACAUGGAAGAUGAUGUUAUAGUUCUCUGUGAUAUGGUGAGGGUAGCUUUGGAUGAAGGCACGGUGGAGCAAUGUGUUGAUGAGAGGCUCCAAUCGAACUUCCGCAUUGAAGAAGCCAUUCCUGUAAUGAAACUGGGUUUGAUAUGUGCAUCUCAAGUACCAUCGAACAGGCCAGACAUGAAUGAGGUUGUCAAUAUAUUAGAGUUGAUCCAAUCCCCCUCUGAAGUUGACGAGGAGUUGGAAUGAAACUAACAAGCAAAAUGGACACUUGCAAUUCCUCGGUGAAGCUUAAUCCCCUCGAUUUGUUUUCACCAAAAGAGAAAGAACAUGAAAUACAUGGAAAAUUGAAUGCCUUUUCCACUCCAA